AUGUCCAAGAUGGCAGCCUCCAUGUUGGAGACUGGAGAAGAUGCAUUUAGGAAAAUAUUCAAGUUGUACAGGCGUAAAAACCCUCCGCCAGAUUUCAGCGAUGCUAUUGAUUUCUCCAAAGGUGUGCCGAGCGACAAGAUAGUUCCAGUUAAACUGGACCCUGCUGCAGUGAGUGAUGUGGAGGCUGGUAGAGCUGGACUACGACCUGUAAGAGACUGGAGAGCCUUUGGCCUGCAGGGAUACCCAGGGUUCAUCUAUAUAGCCAACCCUUUCCUGCUGGGUUCUCAGCCUUUCUGGGUCACACAGUGUCUGAAGACUUACACUCAGAAGCCCAAUGUCUGCAACCUGGACAUGCACAUGUCUCCCACUGAGACCCAGGACAUCUGGGGCAAGAGUGCACACAGCCUCAGUCUUCCUUCCUGUGGAAAGGCAGAGCCCAAAACUCUACUGGAGAAGCUACGCUGGGUCACGCUGGGCUACCAUUACAACUGGGAUACUAAAACUUAUUCUGUGAGCCAUCACACUCCUUUUCCGGCUGAUCUCCACUUCCUGUCCCACCAAAUAACAAGCGCCUGUGGCUUCUCAGGGUUCAAUGCAGAAGCUGGAAUCCUCAACUACUACAGAUUUAAUUCUUCUUUGGGAAUACAUGUGGAUGAAUCAGAACUGGAUCACAGUCAACCUCUGCUGUCAUUCAGUUUUGGGCAGUCAGCCAUCUUUCUCCUAGGUGGCAUCCAAAGACAGGACGCCCCCACUGCCAUGUACAUGCACAGUGGGGACAUAAUGAUGAUGUCAGGACAGAGCCGCCUCCUUUACCAUGCUGUGCCAUGCAUCGUCCCAGCACCCCAGGGACACACAGCUUUACAGAUGGAAGGUCGCAGUCGGGAGUCUUCCCUGCUGGAUAAUAGUGUGGUAGCACCAGUGUCAGAAAAGGACUGGUUGCUGUGCUCCAGAUACAUCGAGAGCUCCAGGGUGAAUGUGACAGUCAGACAGGUGCUGGGGCCAGGACAGAGCUUCCCACAAACACCUCCACUUCACCAAAGGACUGAUGACAGCCAGACAGAAGGGUACCAUGACACAGGAGUAGAUAAAGAGCAGUAGUAGCAGUGACUCUUUAUCAUAGAGACAUUAAAUAGACCACCCGCUCUCCAAACCAACAAUGAAGUGACCCAUCCAAAGCCUGAUAUAUUUUCUAGAUAUCUAACUUGUUCUACGUUGUCCAUUUCUCCAAAAGCUUCAGUUCAUGGUCUUUAAAGUCAAAACACUGGCUUUUGGUUUAAAGGCAGUUUAAAACCAUCUUGUUAGGACUAAGCACUUUUUAUAUGACUUCUGUCAAACUGAAGACUAUGCUGAAUGAAAAAAGGCAUAUAACAAUCAAGAAGUGAAGAUUGCUGCCUGUAGGUCACAGACUUCACAAAGUCAUCGAUUACAAAUAAUUUGCAUCUUAAUGGUCAAGUGGAUCGAAUCCCAGCCGGAGGUCCCUUGCU